CAAUUCUCACCACGCAGAAGGCUGAGUGAAAGGUACAGCAUGCGACUGGGGGAAUUCUCAGGUUAGGAUCGUGACUGUUUCGUGAUGCUUGGCUCUGAGGUGCUUAAGCGCACAUUGAUAGGCGCUCGAUAAAUCCUGCGGAAUGAUGCUGGGUGACAAAUGGACGGACUGAGCGAUUUGAAGCUGAAAACAUGAGCUGGAUCCUUUUGUGCCGGUCAUGCAUGAUCGAAAGAGGCUAAAUGAGGGAAAGAAUGAUGAAAAGAAGCCUUUUAUUUACCUCUUGGCUUGCCUUAAAAUUCCCCUCAUACUACACUCUGUUCAGUUCCCCUCCCCUUUCUUUUUCUUGCUUUCGCUCUAUCUCUCCCUCCCACAGUUUCUCCCCUCCCUUCACUCAUCAAAGCCAGUACCCUAGUAUUCUCUCUACAGCUGCUUCCUCUAUGGUCUCUUGGAAAAACAGCCUGCACAUCUCUCACAUGCAAGAUCUUUUUUAACAUUUCAUCGCCUGGACAGCAGGAUGCUUCCAUGCAGGCUCUGAUUCCUUUCUCUCCUUGGGCUUUCCCCUUCCCCUUCCCUCUCCUAAAUUCCUGCCCUUUGACCCUGACCCUUCCCUUUCUUCACGGUUUCCCCUUACCCUCUAUUUCCUUCUCAAUCUUCACACCCACUUGACCAUGUUGCCAUGUGUCUGCCGGGUCCAUCCUCUCCUUGCCUUUAUCUCAUUUGCUUUGCUAAUACGAGGGGAAACCUGUCCAGCCACCUGCAAGUGCCCGGACCCUCACACGGUGGAUUGUAGUGGUCGAGGACUCACUCGCCUCCCAGACGAGAUCCCGCUGGAUGUGCGCAGGUUGCUGCUGUCCAACAAUUGGAUCCCGCGCAUUCCUUCUGACUUUCUCGUGCUCUACAGUGACCUAGUGUAUCUGGAUCUGAGGAACAAUUCACUCUCUCACAUUGAGCCGGGAACCUUGAGCACCUCCUCCAGGCUUGUUUUUUUAGACUUGGGAAGCAACAACCUGACUGAGAUACCAAAAGGAACAUUCGGCGAGUCCCGGAGCCUCAUCAAAUUGCGUUUGGGAAACAACCCACACCUGAGUAUGGUCAACGAGGACGCCUUCAGGGGCUUGACCUCACUACGAGAACUUGAACUGGAGCGAAAUGCCCUUUCCAGUCUUCAGGUUGGUGCGCUCAGCCAGCUGCCUUCUCUGCGGGUCGUCAGGUUAGAGGGGAACCCUUGGGUGUGCAAUUGUAACUUUGCCAACCUUUUUGCUUGGCUAGUUGAAAACAACCAAAAGCUUCCAAAUGGUAUAGAGGGUAUGGAGUGCUCUUUGCCCACCGAUGGCCGCCGUGUGCCUCUCAGUCAGCUCUCCCAGGACAGUUUCCGGGAGUGUCAGAUCACCCUGACCCUCACCGACUUCCUCAUCAUCAUCUUCUCGGGCAUCUCCGUGUCCGUAGCGGCCAUCAUGGCCAGCUUCUUUUUGGCUUCCACCGUUCACUGCUUCCAGCGCUGGAGCAAAGGUACCAAAGGCGAGGAUGAGGAGAGCGAAGAAUGAGCAGGAAAUCAGACUAAACACAACGGACUGUAUGAACAAUCAGACACCAGCUACAUGAACAAGAAUGUCUUUGGAUGAGAAGAACAACAGGGCACACCUGCACUACAAAAAUAAAAGGCUGAUUAUUCCCAUCGAUGGAUAAAUACAUGUGACAUGGAAACAUGGAACGUAGCCAUAGUAUUUCAAAUUAGUGGUUCAUUUCUUACAUUUUGCUGUCCUCAGUAAUGGAUUACAAUCAGUAUCAUGAUAUAAUAAGAUCAUACUAAUAGUCUCAAAGACUGCUGCUAUUCUAUUGUGCCAAAUUAGUAUCAAUAAGAUGGAAAGUCUAGUUAAAAAUGUUUUAAUAGAGGCUGUAGCCUGCUUACAAGAAAAAUUGUGGGUUGAGUAUAAAUAACAAUAUAAAAUUCUAUUGUCUAAGGUAGGAAGAAAGCCAUUCGGUAGUUUCCUAUUUUCUUCACAGAUCUAAAAUAAUCAACAAACAGCAUAAAAAAGUAGUGUGAUAUCUAGUUAAGGAAUGAACAACUCAAAUGUUGCACUUUAAAAAUAAAUUUCCUCCUACGUCCCGCUACGCCCUCUGUCUUAUCUAACGGUCAUGCCCAGAUCUGCCAAAGAUGAUACUUAGAAACGAGGGACAAUAAGAGUUUUAAAUGGUUUAAAAAGGUGGAGGUGUGGUAAAAAAAUAAAUAUAGAUUUAUUUUUGCUUUUCAGAAAUGUGUGAAUACAAAUGUAUAAUAAAAUAACAUAUCUAAAUGUAUUUGCGAAAUUGCAUAUUUAACUUAAAUGUCAUGCUUCCAGAUAUUCACUUAGUUAUGGAGGCAAGGGAAGGAGAAAUGCGCUUCUUUCAUGCUGUGAUAUGUCACUGCUUACAUUUUACUCAAAAAAAAGGAAA